AUGCCUCCUCGAUCCCAGGGAAGCUCCCUGCUGGCCGAUCGGAUCCCCCUGGCAGAAACUUUCCAAGGGCUCUUUCUGGACAGCUGCUUUGCUCACAGGUAGAAAACCUUUGGACAUGGAGGCUCAGCUCUGCUCUCCGGGAUUCUGCUAGUGGACAGACCUCUUCUCUGCCACAUUUUCCAAACUCUAUCUGCUGCUAGGGAGCCCAAGGGUGGCAAGCUUACUGAGCAAGGAGACGAACUGGAAACGCAAUAAGUCAGAGGAACGACUCCAUGAUCCUGCGGAGGAAGCCCACCUGGUGCUCUGUGGACACUGAUGGACCGCGGCUCCUGCAGAUACGGUGACUGGGGGUGGUGGGAGCAGCAGCCCAACGAGGUCUUGAGGGACUGUUUAGGAACCAUAAGAAGCUAAGCAGAGCUCUGCAGCCGCUGGAUCAGGCCAAGUGGUCCAGCAUCUUCUCCUUCUGGUGCCCCAAUGGGAGAGAGCCCACAAGCAAGACUCGGGUGCAGGAGCACUGCUUUUCCCACUUCUGACCACCAGCAGCUGGUAUCCAAAGGCCUGCCUCUUGCUGUUACAAAUGCCCUUCUCCAUUUCAAUGUCCAGAGCAGUGGCUUGUUGACAUCCUCCCGGGGCCCCAAGGACGGGUCUGGCAGGCCUUGUUCUCUUGGGUUCAGCAGGAGGACAAACGCUUUCCUCGCACGCUCAGCUCCAGCGCUUUCAAGGCUGGAAAUUCCCUCUGAGGCAAUUGUUACAGGAAGAGGCUUAUUUAUUGGUUUUGCUGGCUGCUUCCUGCCACGGCAUCUGCGCAGAAGAGGAGCACCUCGGAGCAAGGCAGCCUCAGCCGCUGGCAUCGCCAACACCCAGGAGCCUCUCUGGGCCAGUGCCUGCAUCAGCCCAGCGUGUGUCUGCAUUUCUGCCAAGGGUGAGUGUCCCCCGGGGUUUGGUUCUCUGAGAAUCCCACCAGAAUGGCCGUGGAUCCAAACAGGAAAUCUGGCUCAUCGUACCUCAGGCAUCACAACGGUGCCCACAGAAUGCCAUGGAGGCAUAGCCCUGGCUAAAGGCUAGAUGGCUCUUGGGGUUCCUUGCAAGUCCACAAUUCUUGGCUUCCACAAUAUUAUCCUCUUGAUCCUACCUAUAGGGCAGAGCCACACCAUACAUAUUGGGCUGAUAUGAAGGGCAUUCUUCAGGGCAUUUUGUUAAAAGCUGAGGUUUUAGCUUGUGUUUGCCAUUGUGAGCACUGAGCCAGCAAGCAAAUCCCUUGUGCGUAAUGGAGAGCAAGACAGUUUAGGCAGUGCCAGCCUGAUGUAUCUUGCAGGGAAUCAUUCGGCUGAAUUUGGGUGAAUUCUCAUAAGCUCACUUCCCAGAGCCAGUGGGCUGCAGUGGUUAAAGCUUUGGAAUAGGACCCAGGUGAGACUUUGGUUCAAAUUCUCACUCAGCCGUGAAGCUCACUGGGUAUAAUCUUAGGCCAGUUAUUGCCCAUCAGCCUAACAUACCUCACCACAAGUUUCAAAUGUUUGUGGAAACAGUCUUAAAAUAGUGUUAUGCGUUUGGGACGGAAGUAGGCUGUUUGUGAGCUCCUUCUAACCUUUGGAUCCAGCAAGUGUUGAAAUAUAAGGCCCCUCCCUCAACUCAGAAGGUAGUAAGAAGGUUUGAUCAGAGCUGAAGGUGGAAGUGAUGUGACCUAGAGGUCAAGCAGCAAGCAACAAUUGAGAGAAAUGUUGGAUUUCUGUUUGAAUUCAUGGCUGUGGCUAUGGAGGAAAAUACCUUUUGUAAACGGGGGGGGGGGGAUGCUAUGAGUCCCUCCAUCAUAGGCUCAGGUUGUUUGUUGUUGACAUCUGUCUGUCUCAAGAGACAACAGAGUGCAGUGCACCUCUGGGGGUGAAGUACAACCAGAGCAUUAGCAGCACUGAAGGGACCUCCCCGGGGCACAGGUCUGGGCAGUGUGUCUGGAGGUCCUGGGCUGCCCAGAUGUCAAGACCCCCCUCUCAGCCUCACCGAUGGGCUCCAAAGGAAAGCAGAGCAGUAUGUUUGGCACCAGCUUGCUUGCAGGAGUUGCCAGAAUGAGGCAUUUGGGGCACUAUCCAACCAUCUUGGGGACUCCAUCGGGAUUUGUGGAGGAUUUACUCCUUAGCCUUGUCUUCUCCCAGAGAUAUCCCUCAAGGCAGCAGAGGUUUAAGAUCAGUUUUCCUUCUCCCAGAUGGCACACCUAACCAGGUGGUUAAGCCCCAUCUGCCCCUUCAGGUUGUAUAUAUGUGUAAGUAAACCAUAUAUCAUAAAGACACCACAGUCUCCGCUGCGCCUCAUUUCCAAAGGAAACAUGAACCCUGGGUAAGCACCAGAACCCAUGGAGUCUCACAGCACGCGGAGAUUGGAGUGGUGUGCAACCAGAGUUACCAAUAAAUGUUGCAAUAUACAAAGUAACACAUUGCUCUGCGUGUCCCUCCAGGUGCAUCUUGCUGUCACCUGUACUGA